AUGAACACCUCACUGCUGCUCCAGACAGACCCCUUCCUCAAUCACACAAGGGAAUCUAAUGAGUCCGGAGGGCUGGGUAACCAAAGCGUCCUGGCCCCCUGUGAGCAGGUGCUCAUCCAGGCAGAGGUCUUCCUGACCCUGGGCAUCAUAAGCCUCCUGGAAAACAUCCUGGUCAUCCUCGCCAUCAUCAAGAACAGGAACCUCCACUCGCCCAUGUACUUCUUCCUCUGCAGCCUUGCCGCGGCCGACAUGCUGGUGAGCGUGUCCAACUCCCUGGAGACAAUCGUCAUUGCCAUCCUCAACAACCGCUACCUCGUCGUCAACGACCACUUCAUCCAGAUGAUGGACAACAUCUUCGACUCCAUGAUCUGCAUCUCCCUGGUAGCGUCCAUCUGCAACCUGCUGGUCAUCGCCAUCGACCGCUACAUCACGAUCUUCUACGCGUUGCGCUACCACAGCAUCAUGACUGUCCGGAAAGCCCUUCUGGCCAUCGCCGCCAUCUGGCUGACCUGCACUGUCUGUGGGAUCCUCUUCAUUGUCUACUCGGAGAGCAAGACGGUCAUCGUCUGCCUCAUCACCAUGUUCUUCGCUAUGCUGGUCCUCAUGGCCACCCUCUACAUCCACAUGUUUCUGCUGGCCCGGCUGCACGUUAAGCGCAUCGCUGCCCUACCCGCCGAAGGUGUGGUCCAACAGAGGACCUGCAUGAAGGGAGCCAUCACCAUCACCAUCCUCCUGGGCGUCUUCAUCUGCUGCUGGGCUCCAUUCUUCCUGCACCUCAUCCUCAUCAUCACCUGCCCAAAGAACCCAUACUGCAUCUGCUACAUGUCCUACUUCACCACGUACCUGGUGUUAAUCAUGUGCAACUCUGUCAUCGACCCCAUCAUCUAUGCCUUCCGCAGCCUGGAGAUGCGCAAGACAUUCAAGGAGAUUAUCUGCUGCUGUGGCACCAGCUGCAGCCAGCGCUGUAAGUACUGA